AUGAAUCCUUUGGACACGAAUCGACUUGUACAACAGUCGAUUUCAGCGGAAUGGGGUGCUUUCUCCGCCAUCAGCUGUGCGAGAGAUGUCAAUAGGCAACUUUUAUCACCAAAUAUACAACAAAAACAUUACCACGUGGGUGGUUAUCUAGUGGAUGGUAAUCGACAUGACAUUGAGCAUUGCUAUUACCAUGGCACUGUUAAGGACUACCCUGGUGCUAGCGCCGCCUUCCAUACGUGCAAUGGUGUCAGCGGCGUAAUACACAUCGGCAACGAAACGUUCGUUAUACAUCCCUUCUAUGGAGGCGAUCUUUCGAAGCAUCCGCAUGUGAUAUUUGAGGCACGCACUAAAGCCAAUAAAGGAUGCGCCAAUUCGGGAAAUUUGGAUUCGUGGCGUCUGUCACGCCGCACGAAACAUCUAUCGGCCGGUGUCAUCGAUGAAAUUCAUCCGAAUGGUGCGGGCCGUUACAAGCGCGAUGUACGCGAGGCGACUAAAUACAUCGAAACGGCCAUUAUUGUGGACAAAGCGAUGUUCGAGAAGCGUAAUGGCAGCACACGGGCCGAAGUCAUACACGACGCCAUACAGGUGGCGAAUAUCGCCGACUUGUACUUUCGCACGCUGAAUACCCGCGUAUCGGUGGUGUACAUUGAAACGUGGGGCAAGAAUCAGGCCGUCAUCGAUGGCAGCAAAGACAUCAGCAAAGCCAUAUCGAAUUUCAACGAUUACACAUCGCGGAAUCUCUUCCAGAUCGAACGCGACACAACGCAGUUGCUAACUGGCGAGACAUUCGCGGGCGGCGAAGCGGGCAUGGCUGUGCCGGAGACGGUGUGUACGCCGCGUGCGGUUGGCAUCAGUGUCGACAUCAACGUGUAUGAGCCACAUCUGCUGGCCGGCACAAUGGCGCACAUGAUUGGCCAUAAUAUAGGCAUGGGGCACGAUGACGGUCGCGAGGAGUGCUUCUGCCGAGACUGGCAUGGCUGUAUAAUGGCCCAAUCGAUUGUUGGCCAGGAAAAUGUGCAGCCAUACAAAUUCUCCGAGUGCAGCAAAAAGGAUUAUAUCGAUGCGCUGCGCACCGGACAUGGGUUGUGUUUACUCAAUAAGCCAAAUGAGAUCGAAAUGCGCCGCAAUUGUGGCAAUAAGAUCGUCGAAGAAGACGAAGAAUGUGACUGUGGCACUUUCGAGGAGUGUGCCUUGGAUUCGUGCUGCGAUGGCAUCACUUGCAAACUGAAAUCAGAGGCGCAGUGUGCCAGCGGUGCCUGCUGUGAUCAGUGUCGUCUACGUCCGAAGGACUACAUCUGCCGUGAUUCGCACAACGAAUGCGAUCUGCCAGAAUAUUGUGAUGGUGAAAUUGGUCACUGCCCAGCAGAUGUCUUUAAAAAGAACGGAUCGCCGUGCGGACAUACCAAAGCGGGAGUGUCGGGUUAUUGCUUUCAAGGUGACUGUCCCACCUUGAAUUUGCAAUGCGAAGCGAUUUGGGGUUAUGGUGGCUCGGCAGCCGAUCGUCAAUGUUAUGAGCAAUUCAACUCAAAGGGUUCCAUCAACGGGCAUUGUGGGCGUGAUUCCAAUGAACAUUAUAUCAAAUGCGAGCCAGAAAAUGUACAGUGUGGCACACUUCAGUGCAAAGAAGGCGAACGUCAACCAGUUAGUGAUGGCAUUGAUCAGCUUUAUUCGAAUACUAUUAUAUCGAUCAAAGGACUGGAGUAUGAAUGCAAAGCCACCAGCGGUCAAGUGGGCUCCAAUGAGUAUCCGGAACAUGGCUUGGUUAAGGAUGGUACGCCAUGCGGUAAAGAUUUGAUUUGCCUGAAUCAGACUUGCGUCAGCAUUUUUCCACACGUCGAUCAAACAAAAUGUCCGACAGAUAAACAAGGCCAAGAGUGUUCAGAACGUGGAGUAUGUACGAAUACGAAUCGUUGCUUUUGCGAUAUGGGUUGGGGCGGCGUCGAUUGUAGCCUUGUAGUUUUAUUGACCACACCACUGCCAACGGAAGCGCUGCCAACUGCGGAGAAUACUAUCAAAAUGGAGAAGAAGGAGACGCCAUAUGAGAACUACCACGGCUCAAAUACAGUAUUCCUGGUCGGUGUACUAAUGUCAGUUGUUGGGUUCGUUUUUGUUACUUUCACCUUGAUGGCACUGUGCUACAGACGCAAAACCACUACACUCAAGUACGAUCCGCCAUAUUCGAAAAAGCCCAUCGCCAAGGGCUAUGCCAGCGCCGCAGCCACUGCCGCUAAUCAUCACUCGGUUGAGGAGGUUUCACUGGAUGGUUCCAGCAAGUUGGUGUAUGCCAAUCAGGCAGGCUUCAGGGAUAAAAGCAUACAUGGCCGCCGUUAUACUGGCGGCGGUGACGAUGAUCAAGCCCAUUCUGAGAAGGGCAUACUGAAGAAGCACAGCUAUGGGCUUGUGCAUAGUGAACAGUUGAAGGACAAAUGGGGUGACGAUGUACAGUCCGACAAUCUCGAGCUUAUUACACAACAGGACGGUGCACUCGGCGCCUCCACCAGCGGUGGUGCAGCGGUCUCCGAAGUAGAGCGCACACUCAAGUCCCUCAACGGCUAUCACGAAGACAUCCUGGAGGCGUUACGUAAUGCGGCCUCACAUCGUGGCACCGCCACCGGCAAUACGCCAGUCGGUAGCGGCAGCCUCAGCGAAGAAAUGCUACGCAAAACGCUGCAAGAUUGCCAAAGUGCACAACUUGGCUAUAGCGUGGAACCGUAUAAGCGCUCUAGCGGUUCCAAGUCAAGUUCACGCGAAAAUAUCUGCGAUCCAGCGCAAGCGCACAUGCUCAUCGAAAGUGCGGGCAUUGGUGGGCAUGCCGGUGCCGUAUUGCAUCAUCAUCGAUCACAGCAUCAGUUGCAUCAGCCGCCACCAACUCUACAACAGCAACAACCGCCGCUGGACGAUGAUGAUGCACCCUCAACUGGGCCAUUACGUAUACGCAAUUUAGAAGAUCUGAUACGACAAUUGGAGCAUCAUUCUUCGCGUCACAUGAGUCCUAGCGGUUCCGAGGACAUUCGAAUGUCCGAAACGGAAGCCGAUCGCCAUUAUAGAUUAGAUAGUUCCGCCGCUUGUAGUGAAUCCUCGCAAGGCUCAAAUCAGCAAUUAGCACAAUCACAGAAAACUGCAACAAUACAUCCGUCUUACAGCAGUCGUUUGCGCCCGCGCUCCGACGAGGAGUCGCGCUUCGCCUACGGAAGGUACAGACAUCCACAAGCAGCUAGUAGACAUCCAUCGCAUCAAUCGCACUCACCUCAUGCUUUUGGCCACCAUACGCAUCAUUCGCACGCCCACGGUCAUGCCACGCACGGUCCACACUCAUCACAUCAUUCGUCGCAUACACACUUGCACCAGGACGACGAGGGUAUUUACGAGAGUGCCGACCACCACGAACGUUCGGUGGUAGAGGCACGUCUCGAUCCGCGCGAAACACCCGACAGUGAGAGUGAUGACUUUAUUCAAGCUCAACAACAGUUAGCCCGGUGGGCGAGUGAGGAUGUGGUAUCCGUCGUGGUAUUGGAUCAACCGCAAUCCGGCACAAUGUCGGAUUCCCAACAAUCCAGCGGCGUCGGGCCAAUGUCAACGGCUACAACGAGUACUGUUAUACAUCAUCAAUACCCGCACCAGCACCACGGCGAUCAUCCAUCCUCGGCACCGGCUUCAGCAGCAGCGGCGGCGGCGGCCGCAGCAGCAUCGGCAGCCAACAGCAACUCUAUAAUGGGUUUGGGGGUCGUGCCAAAUGGUAUAAAUGUAAAUCAGAGGGACUAUUACCCCUCGCCACCCUCAACGGAGACGGAAAGCAGUGGAAGUGUUAUCCAACCGCUCAGCCGUCGUUUGCCUAUGCCAGCCGAUACAGGCCAACAGCAAGCGCAAUUGCAGCUGCAUCAACUGCAUCAGCAUCAUCAGCAGCAGCAUCAGCAGCAAAUGCAGCUGCAGCAGCAGCAAGGCGACACCACCAGCAGCAGCAACAACAGUCAAUCAGGACAAAUAAUGGAGAAUGGUCGAUAUCCGGAAUAUAAACACUGAUGAAAAUAUCAAUGCCAACAUCAACAACAACAACAACUAGAACAGCAAACACAUACGCAACAAUAACAAUAGUAAAUUCUGUAAAGCACAUAACAGUAGAUAAUAUCUGCAUACCUACAAAAACAAACUAUAAGAAAGAAAGAACUUUUUUAAGAAGCCAAAAAAUAUUUGAAGAAUUUGUUGUUGUGUUGGUUGGAAUUCACAUUCAGCAUAAAGCAAAUGUAAUACAGAUAUACGAGUAUACAAAUAUAUAUGUGUGUACAAUCCCAAGCCAAGUAAAAAAUCAUUACUUUGGCCUUGGCAGCAAAAUAUGUAUUAGUUACAAUAGCCUGCAAAUAGCCGAAGAUUAGACGAGAACAAGCACGAGAAUGAGCAAACGAGUGAACGAGGGAACGAGCGAAUGCGAUAUCGACCGAAACCGAGCAAUGUGAUUUUAUACAAAGUAGCAUUUUAGGUUAUUUAAUUAAAAAAUAAAUUGAAAACGAAAAAUUAUUGGUAAAACAACAACACUAAAGUUAUGAAAUGAAAAUGAAAAUCAUAAAAAAUUCACAUUAAUAAAUACAUGCAUACAUCUAUAAAGUAGAAGCGAAUGUGAAAAUUCAGCUAAAUUGGCGUAUAAUUUGUGAAGAGUAUCAUUUUUUUUUAAGCACCUAAGAUACGAAUUUCAUAUUCAUAGAAGAAAAGAACAAAAUUUGUAUAUUAGUGCAAGACAAAAUAAAAUCAAUGCGCAAAGUCAUCAAAUCUUAUCCGCACACAAACACACAUACACAUAUAUAUAUACAUGUAUUAAUUCUUGUGUGCAUUUUUUGUUGUUCAAAUCCAUUGUAUAUAUGAACUGAUAUUAACCAGGCUCCAUUAGCUUCUUUACAUGCCGAAAAGGAUAUGUGCUUAUAUACAUGGAAGCAUACGUACAUACGUACAUACAUACAGGCAUACAUUAUUCAUAUAACCUUAACCCUGCCGCACAUAUUCGUACAGGCAUUGCUGUA